AUGGGGUCUCACGCCAACGAAACACCAGUUUCUCUACAUUUCGAACCCAUCGAAAACCCAGCAGCAAAAGACGCACCCUACUACACCCCAUCCCAAUCUCCCCCCGCCGGCACAGCCAUCCUCCCACCAUCACCAACCUCCUGCUCCUCCUCCUCCCCUCUCCCCAAACUCUUCACCCCCCUCACAAUCCGCUCCCUCACCCUCCAAAACCGCCUCUUCCUCGCCCCCCUCUGCCAAUACUCCGCCGACCCCACCGCCGGAAACCUCGCAACAGACUGGCACCUAACCCACCUAGGCGGCAUCCUCCAACGUGGGCCCGGCCUCGCCCUCAUGGAAUCCACCGCCGUCGUACCGGAAGGCCGCAUCACCCUGCAAGACCUAGGCCUCUGGUCCGACGCCCAGAUCCCGCCCCUCCGCCGCAUCACUGCCUUCGCGCACGCCCAAGGACAGAAAAUCGGUAUUCAGCUGAGCCACGCCGGCCGGAAAGCGAGUACCGUCGCGCCCUUUAUCCACGCCAACGCGACCUCUUCGAAAGGAGUAGGCGGCUGGCCGGAGGAAGUCUACGCCCCCUCCGCCCUCCGCUUCAACGAAGUAUACCCCCUCCCCAAAGCCCUCACCCUGGCGCAAAUCAACGAUAUCAAGACCGCCUUUGUAGACGCGGCCCUACGCGCAGUACAAGCCAACUUCGACGUUGUCGAAAUCCACGCCGCGCACGGGUACCUCCUCCACCAAUUCCUCAGCCCCAUCGCCAACAUCCACACCGACGCCUACGGCAGCGGCUCCUUUGCAAACCGCACCCGCCUGGUCCUCGAAAUCGUCGAACUCGUGCGCGCCGCGAUCCCGCAGGGCAUGCCGCUCCUUGUGCGCAUCAGCGCGACGGAUUGGUUCGAUGACAGGACGGACGUGGUCCCGCGCAGCUGCACGCUCGCGGACUCGUGCAGGCUCGCGCCGCUUCUCGCGGAUCGGGGCGUCGAUUUGCUGGAUGCGACGAGUAUCAAGGGUGGGCCGGGGUACCAGGCUGGGUUUGCAAAGGAGAUUAAAAAGGUUGUGGGUGGGAUUAGCACGGGUACCAUGGCGGAGGGGUUGCUUCAGGACGGGUUGGAUGUGGUGAUGUGUGGGAGGUGGUUCCAGAAGAAUCCUGGGUUGGUGUAUGCGUAUGCCGAUGAGUUGGGUGUCAAGGUGAAGAUGGCGAAGCAGAUUGGAUGGGGUUUUAGUGGGCGUGGAAAAGGGGAGAAGUGAGUGAUGGCCUCCAUUUUGAUGGCUUGGAUCUGAUCUACGAGCGCUAGUUAGACGUUGAUGUUCCACAAACGUAGAUAUUUGUAGAUUGGAAAGCGUUCACUAUUUCACACGCAAUGAUGUUAUAGGAACAUGCAUGGCCAUCGUCUCUUCUAUCAAAGUGAUUUACGGGUAUCCCAGAGACGAA